UACUCCAACUUUCUGGGCAGCCUCUCUGAGGGUGCGCCUUCCUGCUCCGCGUCUCCGACUCCUCACCUCCCUCCCGCGCUUGUCAGCCUGGUGCCUGUGAGAGGGGCUCCAGCCCAGCAGCCCACGGCCGGGGCACCCUCCCCCACCUAAAGGGCACAGGGCUUCGGCAGUUUCUCCAUCAUGAUUAUUGCCUUGUUGGGUUUUGCCAUUUUCAUGCUUCACUGUACAACUUGUGAGAAACCCCUAGAAGGGAUUAUCUCCUCCUCAGCCUGGCGCUUCACACACCCCCUUUAUAAUGCGACCAUCUAUGAAAACUCUGCUCCCAAGACCUACGUGGAAAGCUCUGAGAAGAUGGGCAUCUACCUUGCAGAUCCCCAGUGGGCAGUGCGGUACCGGAUCAUCUCUGGAGAUGUGGCCAAUGUGUUUAAAACCGAGGAGUAUGUGGUGGGCAACUUCUGCUUUCUGAGGAUAAGGACAAAGAACAGCAACACGGCCCUUCUGAACAGGGAGGUGCGAGAUAGCUACAGCCUCAUCAUCCAAGCCACAGAGAAGACCUUGGAGUUCGAAGCGUUGACCCACGUGGUGGUCCACAUCCUGGACCAGAAUGACCUGAAGCCCCUCUUCUCCCCGCCCUCAUACCGAGUAACCAUCUCUGAGGACAUGCCCCUCAAAAGCCCCAUCUGCAAGGUGAGCGCCACGGACGCUGACCUGGGCCAGAACGCUGGGUUCUAUUACGCCUUUAACACAAGGUCGGAAAUGUUUGCCAUCCAUCCCACCAGCGGGGUGGUCACCUUGGCUGGGAAGCUCAACGUCACCUGGCGAGGGAAGUACGAGCUUCAGGUGCUGGCUGUGGACCGCAUGCGGAAGAUCUCAGAGGGCAAUGGAUUUGGCAACUUGGCUGCACUCGUCAUCCACGUGGAGCCUGCCCUCAGGAGGCCCUUGGCCAUUGCCUCGGUGAUCUUGGGCCCCGACAGCAGUGAGGAUGCCACCUAUGCCACUGUGGUGGUAGAUGCCAGCAGCUCAGGUGUUGAUGUGGACUCCCUGGAAAUUGUUGGUGGCGACCCUGGAAAGAACUUCAAAGCCAUCAAGUCUUAUGCCCGGAGCAGUGAAUUCAGUUUGGUUUCCGUCAAAGACAUCAACUGGAUAGAACACCUUCAUGGAUUCAACCUCAGUCUGCAGGCCAGGGGUGGGAGCAGACCCUUUUAUUCGCAGAUCAGGGGUUUUCACCUACCCCCCUCCAAACUGGCUUCCCUCAAAUUUGAGCAGGCCAUUUACAGAGUGCAGCUUAGUGAGUGUUCCCCUCCUGGUGUCCGAGUGGUGAUGGUGAAAGUGACCCAAGCCCUCGCCAACCUGAAGUAUGUCCUAAAGCCAUCCUCAGAGGGUGCAGGGUUUAAGCUGAAUGCCCGCACAGGGCUGAUCACCACCACCAAGCUCGUGGACUUCCAUGACCGGGCCCACUACCAGCUCGAAAUCAGAACCUCACCCAGCCUGGCCUCCACCACUGUGGUCAUUGACAUCAUGGACUGUAACAACCACGCGCCCAUGUUCAGCAAGUCCUCCUAUGAGAGCACCUUUGAUGAGAACAUCCCUCCAGGUACCAGCGUUUUGACCAUUACCGCCACAGACAAGGAUCACGGGGAGAAUGGCUAUGUCACCUACUCCAUCACUCGCCCAAGUGCUGUGCCCUUUUCUAUCGACCCUUACCUGGGGAUCAUCUCUACCUCCAAACCCAUGGACUAUGAGCUCAUGAAUAGGAUUUAUACCUUCCGGGUACGGGCAUCAGAUUGGGGAUCCCCAUUUCGCCGGGAAAAAGAAGUGUCUGUUUCUCUUAGGCUCAAGAACUUGAAUGACAACAAGCCUAUGUUUGAGGAAGUCAACUGCAGUGGGUCUAUCCACAAAGACUGGCCAGUAGGAAAAGCAGUAAUGACUGUGUCAGCUAUAGAUAUGGAUGAGCUUCAGAACCUGAAAUAUGAGUUUGUGUCAGGCAAUGAACUAGACUAUUUCGAUCUAAACCAUUUCUCUGGAGUGAUAUCCCUCAAACGCCCUUUUAGGAACCAUACGACUGGUCAACCCAUCAACUAUUCCCUGAAAAUUACAGCCUCGGAUGGGAAAAACUAUGCCUCGCCCAUGACUUUGAAUGUUACUAUAGUGAAGGACCCUCGUUUUGAAGUCCCCAUAAAGUGUGACAAAACAGGGGUGUUGACACAUUUCACAAAGACCAUCCUGCAUUCUGUCGGGCUUCAGAAUCAGGAGUCCAAUGACGAGGAUUUCACUUCAUUAAGUGCAUAUCAGAUCAAUCAUCAUACCCCCCAGUUUGAGGACCACUUCCCACAGUCCAUUGACAUCCUUGAGAGUGCUCCUCUCAACACCCCCCUGGCCCGCCUGGCAGCCACAGACCCCGAUGCUGGCUUUAAUGGCAAACUGGUCUAUGUGAUUGCAGAUGGCAAUGAAGAGGGCUGCUUUGACAUUGGGCUGGAGUCGGGGCUACUCACUGUAGCUUCCCCCUUAGACUACGAAGCCACCAGUUUCUACAUCCUCAAUGUAACAGUAUAUGACCUGGGCACUCCCCAGAAGUCUUCCUGGAAGGUGCUGACAGUGAAUGUGGAAGACUGGAAUGAUAAUGCACCCAGAUUUCCUCCUGGUGGGUACCAGGUAACCGUCUCGGAGGACACAGACGUUGGAACCACAGUUGCACAGCUGAAAGCUAAAGAUGCUGACUCUGAGGACAAUGGGAGGGUUCGCUACACCCUGCUAAGUCCCACAGAGGAGUUCUCCCUCCAUCCCCUCACUGGGGAACUGGUUGUCACGGGACACCUGGACCGGGAAUCAGAAUCUCAGUAUAUACUCAAGGUGGAAGCCAGAGAUCAGCCUAGGAAGGGCCACCAGCUCUUCUCUGUCACUGACCUGAUAGUCACAUUGGAAGAUGCCAAUGACAACUCUCCCCAGUGCAUCACAGAACUCCGCAGGCUGAAGGUCCCAGAGGAUCUGCCCCCAGGGACGAUCCUAACAUUUCUGGAUGCCUCUGAUCCGGACCUGGGCCCUGCGGGAGAAGUGCAAUACGUCCUGUUGGAUGAUGCCCAUGGGACCUUCCACGUGAACCCGAUGACUGGGGCACUCAGUCUGGAGAGAGAGCUGGACUUUGAGAGGCGGGCUGGGUAUAAUCUGAGCCUGUGGGCCAGUGACAGUGGGAAACCCAUAGCCCGCAGGACCCUCUGCCACGUGGAGGUGAUCGUCCUGGAUGUGAAUGAGAAUCUCCAUCCUCCCCGCUUUGCCUCCUUUGUGCACCAGGGCCAGGUGCAGGAGAACAGCCCCUCGGGGACCUCGGUGAUGGUAGUGGCUGCUCAGGAUGAUGACAGUGGCUUGGAUGGGGAGCUCCAGUACUUCCUGCGGGCUGGCACCAGCCUUUCAGCCUUUAGCAUCCACCAAGACACAGGGAUGAUUCAGACUCUGGCACCCCUGGACCGAGAAUUCAUGUCCUGCUACUGGCUGACGGUCCAGGCAGUGGACAGGGGUUCCGUACCCCUCUCUUCUGUAACGGAGGUCUACAUCGAGGUUACGGAUGUCAACGACAACCCACCCCAGAUGUCCAGGCCCGUGUUCUACCCCUCUGUCCGGGAGGAUGCCCCCCUGCACACCUCUGUGCUUCAGCUGGACGCUCGGGACCCAGACUCCAGCUCCAAGGGGAAGCUGACCUUCAACAUCACCAGUGGCAACCAGAUGGGAGUCUUUGCUAUUCAUCCUCUCACAGGUCUGCUCUCCACUGCCCGGCAGCUGGACCGAGAGAACAAGGAUGAACACAUCCUGGAGGUGACUGUGCUGGACAAUGGGGAGCCCACCCUAAGGUCCACCUCCAGGGUGGUGGUACGCAUCUUGGACGUCAACGACAAUCCCCCCGUCUUCUCCCACAAGCUCUUCAAUGUCCGCCUUCCAGAGAGGCUGAACCCGGUGACCCCUGGACCUGUGUACAGACUGGUGGCUUCAGACCUGGAUGAGGGGCUCAAUGGCAGGGUCACCUAUAGUAUUGAGGAGAGUGAUGAGGAGGGCUUCAGUAUCGACCCAGUUACAGGCGUGGUGUCAUCCAGCAACUUCACAGCCGGAGAGUACAACAUCCUAACGAUCAAGGCAACAGACAGUGGACAGCCACCGCUCUCGGCCACUGUCCGGCUACACAUCGAGUGGAUCCCCCAGCCCCGGCCCUCCUCCAUUCCACUAGCCUUUGAUGAAUCUCACUACAGCUUCACAGUCAUGGAGACAGACCCUGUAAACCACAUGGUGGGAGUCAUCAGUGUGGAGGGCCGACCUGGUCUCUUCUGGUUCAGCAUCUCAGGUGGGGACAAGGAUAUGGACUUUGACAUUGAAAAGACCAUGGGCAGCAUUGUCAUCGCCAAGCCUCUGGAUACAAGGAGGAGGUCAAGCUAUAACUUGACUGUGGAAGUGACCGAUGGGUCCCACACCAUCGCCACCCAGGUCUACAUCUUCAUGAUUGCCAACGUUAACCACCAUCGGCCCCAGUUUUUGGAGGCUUCUUAUGAGGUCAGGGUUCCCCAGGACACACUGCCUGGAGUUGAGCUCCUCCGAGUCCAGGCCACAGAUCAAGACAAGGGCAAGGGCCUCAUCUAUACCAUACAUGGCAGCCAAGACCCGGGCAGUGCCAGCCUCUUCCAGCUGGACCCGAGUAGUGGCGUCCUUGUAACUGUGGGGAAAUUAGCCCUGGGCUCGGGGCCGUCCCAGCAUACACUGACUGUUAUGGUUCGCGACCAGGAGAUGCCCAUCAAGAGGAACUUUGUGUGGGUAUACAUUCACGUGGAGGAUGGGAACCUCUACCCACCCCGCUUCACCCAGCACCACUAUGAGGCGAGUGUUUCUGAUGCCACAGCCCCAGGCACAGAGCUGCUCCAGGUCCGAGCCACGGAUGGUGAUCGGGGAGUCAAUGCUGAGGUCCACUACUCCCUCCCCAGAGGGAACAGCGAGGGUUUCUUCAACAUCAAUGCCCUGCUAGGUGUCAUCACUCUGGCACAGAAACUUGAUCAGGCAAACCAUGCCCGGUAUACUCUGACAGUGAAGGCGGAAGAUCAAGGCUCCCCACAAAGGCAUGACCUGGCUACAGUGAUCAUUCACGUUUACCCCUCAGAUAGCAGUGCUCCCGUCUUUUCAAACACAGAGUACUUUGUAGAGAUUCCUGAAUCAAUCCCUGUUGGUUCCCCAGUCCUCCUUAUCUCAGCAAUGAGCUCCUCAGAAGUUACCUAUGAGUUAAGAGAGGGAAACAAGAAUGGCGUAUUCUCCAUGAACUCGUAUUCUGGCCUCAUUUCCACCCAGAAGAACUUGGACCAUGAGAAAAUUUCAUCUUACCAACUGAAAAUCCGUGGUAGCAAUAUGGCGGGGGCAUUUACCGAUGUCAUGGUUCUUGUUUACAUCAUUGACGAAAAUGACAAUGCUCCCAUGUUCUCAAAGUCAACUUUUGUGGGCCAAGUUAGUGAAGCAGCUCCACUGAACAGCAUGAUCAUGGAUGAAAACAACAACCCCCUUGUGAUUCAUGCCUCGGAUGGUGACACAGAAGCUAAUUCCUUGUUGGUCUAUAAAAUUUUGGAGCCAGAGGCUCUGAAGUUUUUAAAAAUCGAUCCCAGCAUGGGAACCCUAACCGUCAUCUUAGAGAUGGAUUAUGAGAACAUGCCCUCUCUCCGAUUCAGCAUCUAUGUCCAUGACCAAGGAAGCCCCAUCUUAUUUGCACCCAGGGCUGCCCAGGUCAUAAUCAACAUCAGAAACGUAAACGACUGUCCUCCAAGGUUCUCAGACCAGAUAUAUGAAGCAGCAGUACUAAAGCCCAUCCACCGGGGUAUGGAGCUCCUCAUGGUUUGGGCCAGCGAUGAUGACUCUGAAGUCAAUUACAGCAUCAAAAGUGGCAAUGCUGAUGAAGCUGUUGCCAUCCACCCUGUUACAGGUCGCAUAUCUGUGUUAAAUCCUGCUUUCCUGGGACUUUCUCGGGAGCUCACCAUCAGGGCUUCUGAUGGCCUGUAUCAAGAUACUGCGCUGGUAAAAAUUUCUUUGACACAAGCCCUUAACACAAGCUUACAGUUUGACCGGGAUGUCUACAGGGCAACGGUGAGGGAGAACUUGCUGGACAGAAAGGCACUGGUGAUUCUUGGUGCCCAAGGCAAUCAUUUGAAUGACACCCUAUCCUACUUCCUCUUGAAUGGCACAGAUAUGUUUCAUAUGGUCAAAUCAGCUGGUGUGUUGCAGACAAGAGGUGUGGGGUUUGAUCGAGAACAGCAGGACACUCAUGAGGUGGCAGUGGAACUGAGGGACAAUCGGACACCUCAGCGUGUGGCUCAGGCUCUGGUCCGAGUCUCCAUUGAGGAUGUCAAUGACAACUGCCCUGAAUUUAAACAUCUGCCCUACCACACAAUCAUCCAAGAUGGCACAGAGCCAGGGGAUGUCCUCUUUCAGGUAUCUGCCACCGACCAGGACUUAGGGGUGAAUGGUGCUAUCACAUAUGCACUGGCAGAAGAUUACAUAUAUUUUCGAAUUGACCCCUAUCUGGGGGACAUAUCGUUGAAGAAACCCUUUGAUUAUCAAGCUCUAAAUAAGUAUCACCUCAAAGUCAUUGCUCGGGAUGGAGGGACCCCAUCCCUCCAGACUGAGGAAGAGGUACUUGUCAUUGUGAGAAAUAAGUCCAACCCACUGUUUCAGAGUCCUUACUACAAAGUCAGAGUGCCUGAAAAUAUCACGCUCUAUACCCCAAUUCUCCACACCCAGGCCCGGAGUCCGGAGGGACUCCGGCUCAUCUACAACAUUGUGGAGGAAGAGCCCUUGAUGCUGUUCACCACUGACUUUAAGACUGGUGUCCUAACAGUGACAGGCCCUCUGGACUAUGAGUCUAAGACAAAACAUGUAUUCACAGUCAGGGCCACAGACACAGCUCUGGGGUCAUUUUCUGAAGCCACAGUGGAAGUCCUCGUGGAGGACGUCAAUGAUAAUCCUCCCACUUUCUCUCAGUUGGUCUACACCACUUCAGUCUCAGAAGGCUUGCCUGCACAGACCCCUGUGAUCCAUCUGCUGGCUUCUGACCAGGAUUCCGGGCAGAACCGUGACAUCUCUUAUCAUAUUGUAGAGGAUGGCUCAGAUGUUUCCAAAUUCUUCCAGAUCAAUGGGAGCACAGGGGAGAUGUCCACAGUUCAAGAGCUGGACUACGAAGCCCAACAACACUUUCAUGUGAAGGUCAGGGCCAUGGAUAGAGGAGACCCCCCGCUCACUGGUGAAACCCUUGUGGUUGUCAAUGUGUCUGACAUCAAUGACAACCCCCCAGAGUUUAGACAACCUCAGUAUGAAGCCAAUGUCAGCGAGCUAGCAACCUGUGGACACCUGGUUCUCAAAGUCCAAGCUCUUGACCCUGACAGUGGGGACACCUCCCGCCUGGAGUACCUGAUUCUUUCUGGCAAUCAGGACAGGCACUUCUCCAUUAACAGCUCAUCGGGAAUAAUUUCUAUGUUCAACCUUUGCAAAAAGCACCUGGGCUCUUCUUACAAUUUGAGGGUCGGUGCUUCUGAUGGGGUCUUCCGAGCAACUGUGCCUGUGUAUAUCAACACUACAAAUGCCAAUAAAUAUAGCCCAGAGUUCCAGCAGCAUGUUUAUGAGGCAGAACUAGCUGAGAAUGCAAAGGUGGGAACCAAGGUGAUUGAAUUGCUAGCCAUAGACAAAGACAGUGGUCCCUAUGGCACUGUAGAUUACACCAUCAUCAAUAAACUGGCAGGUGAGAAGUUCUCCAUAAAUCCCAGUGGCCAGAUCACCACUCUGCAGAAACUGGAUCGGGAAAAUUCCACAGAAAGAGUCAUUGCUAUUAAGGUCAUGGCUCAGGAUGGAGGAGGACGAGUGGCCUUCUGCACUGUGAAGAUCAUCCUCACAGAUGAAAACGACAACCCCCCACAGUUCAAAGCAUCUGAGUACACUGUAUCCAUCCAAUCCAAUGUCAGUAAAGACUCCCCAGUCAUCCAGGUGCUGGCCUAUGAUGCAGAUGAGGGUCAGAAUGCAGAUGUCACCUAUUCAGUGGAUUCAGUGGAGGACCUGGAAGAAGAAGUCAUUGAAGUCAACCCAACCACUGGCGUUGUCAAGGUGAAAGAGAGCCUGGUGGGCCUGGAAAAUCGGGCCUUUGACUUAAAAAUCAAAGCCCAAGAUGGGGGUCCUCCUCACUGGAACUCUCUCAUGCUGUUACGACUUCAGGUGGUUCCUAAUGAAGUAUCCUUGCCCAAAUUUUCUGAACCUCUAUAUACUUUUUCUGCAUCUGAAGACCUUCCAGAGGGGUCUGAAAUUGGUUCUGUUAAAGCAGUGGCAGCUCAAGAUCCAGUCAUCUACAGUCUAGUUCAGGGCACCACACCAGAGAGCAACAAGUAUGGCAUCUUCUCCUUGGACCAAAACACAGGGGUUCUAAAGGUGAGGAAGGCCAUGGAUUAUGAGUCCACCAAAUGGUACCAGAUUGAUCUGAUGGCACAUUGCCCCCAUAAUGACACUUAUUUGGGUUCCUUGGUCUCUGUUAACAUCCAAGUGAAGGACGUCAAUGACAAUAGGCCUAUAUUUGAGGCUGAUCCAUAUAAAGCUGUUCUCACUGAGAACAUGCCAGUGGGGACCUCAGUCAUUCAAGUGACUGCCAAUGAUCAGGACACUGGGAACGAUGGCCAUGUGAGCUAUAGGCUGCCAGUGGACCCUGGUAGCAAUAUUCAUGAGCUCUUUGCCAUUGACAGUGAGACUGGCUGGAUCACCACACUCCAGGAACUUGACUGUGAGACCAGCCAGAUCUAUCGCUUUUAUGUGGUGGCCCAUGACCAUGGCCAGACCAUCCAGCUAUCUUCUCAGGUCCUUGUUGAAGUCUCCAUUACAGAUGAGAAUGACAAUGCCCCCCGCUUUGCUUCUGAAGACUACAGAGGAUCUGUGGUUGAGAACAGUGAACCUGGUGAACCUGUGGCUACUCUUAAAACCUUGGAUGCUGAUAUUGCUGAGCAGAACAGACAGGUCACCUGCUAUAUCACAGAGGGAGACCCCCUGGGCCAGUUUGGCAUCAGCCAGGUUGGAGAUGAGUGGAGGAUUUUUGCGAGGAAGACCCUGGACCGUGAACACAUGGCCAAGUACUUGCUCCGAGUCACAGCUUCUGAUGGCAAGUUCCAGGCUUCGGUCCUUGUGGAGAUCUUUGUCCUGGACCUCAAUGAUAACAGUCCGCAGUGCUCACAGCUCCUCUACACUGGCAAAGUCAGUGAAGACGUACCUCUAGGACACUUCAUUUUGAUUUCUGCAACAGACUUGGACUCUGAUACCAAUGCUCAGAUCACAUAUUCUCUGCACGGUCCUGGGGCAGAUGACUUUAAGCUGGAUCCUCACACAGGGGAGCUGAUCACACUAACAGCCCUAGACCGAGAGAAGAAAGAUGUAUACAGCCUUGUUGCCAAGGCAACAGAUGGAGGCGGCCAGUCCUGCCAAGCGGAUGUGACCCUCCACGUGGAGGACGUAAAUGACAACGCCCCCAGGUUCUUCCCGAGCCACUGUGCUGUGGCGGUCUUUGACAACACCACAGUGAAGACUCCCGUGGCAGUGGUAUUGGCCCGGGAUCCCGACCAAGGCACCAAUGCCCAGGUGGUUUACUCUCUCACGGACUCUGCGGAAGGCCACUUUUCCAUUGAAGCCACCACAGGGGUGAUCCGGCUGGAGAAGCCGCUGCGGGUCAGGCCGAAAGCAGCCCUGGAGCUCACCGUCCGUGCCUCUGACCUGGGCACCCCAAUACCGCUGUCCACCCUGGGUACUGUCACCAUCUCCGUGGUGGGCCUGGAUGACUACCUGCCCGUGUUCCUGAGCACCGAGCACAGUGUGCAGGUGCCCGAGGAUGCCCAGCGUGGCACAGAGGUGCUGCAGCUGGCCACGCUCACUCGCCCUGGUGCUGAGAAGACCAGCUACCGUGUAGUCAGUGGGAACGAGCAGGGGCGGUUCCGCCUGGAUGCCCGCACAGGGAUCCUGUAUGUCAACAAGAGCCUGGACUUUGAGACAAGCCCCAAGUACUUCCUGUCCAUUGAGUGCAGCCGAAAGGGCUCUUCCUCCCUCAGCGACAUGACUACCAUCGUGGUGAAUGUCACAGAUAUCAACGAACACCGGCCCAGAUUCUCCCAGGAUCUGUACAGCACCAGGGUCUCAGAGAAUGCCAUCGUGGGUGACCUUGUGCUCACAGUGUCAGCGACUGAUGAAGAUGGGCCCCUAAAUAGUGCCAUCACCUACAGCCUCGUAGGAGGGAACCAGCUUGGGCACUUUGCCAUCCACCCCAAGAAAGGGGAGUUACAGGUAGCCAAGACCCUGGAUUGGGAACAGAUUUCUAGCUAUUCCCUGAGGCUCCGAGCCACCGACAACGGGCAACCCCCACUGCAUGAGGACACAGAUGUUGCUAUCCAAGUGGUUGACGUCAAUGACAACCCACCAAGAUUCUUCCAGCUCAACUACAGCACCUCUGUUCAGGAAAACUCCCCCACCGGCAGCAAAGUCCUGCAGCUGAUCCUGAGCGACCCAGACUCCCCGGAGAAUGGUCCUCCCUACUCAUUCCGAAUCACCCAAGGGAACGAUGGCUCUGCCUUCCAAGUGACCCCGGAUGGAUGGCUGGUGACCACUGAGGGCCUGAGCAAGAGAGUCCAGGAAUGGUAUCAGCUUCAGAUCGAGGUGUCAGACAGCGGCACCCCUCCCCUCUCAUCUUCCACGUCGGUCAGGGUCCACGUCAGGGAGCAGAGCCACUUCCCUCCCUCUGCCCUCCCGCUGGAGAUCUUCAUCACCCUCGGUGAGGAGGAGUUCCAGGGCGGCAUGGUGGGCAAAAUCCAUGCCACAGACCGAGAUCCACAAGACACUCUGACCUACAGCCUGGCAGGGGAGGAAAGCCUGGCCGGCCACUUCUCCGUGGGCGCAUCUGAUGGCAAGAUCAUUGCUGCCCAGGGGCUGCCUCAGGGUCGCUAUGUGUUCAACGUCACGGUCAGCGAUGGGACCUUCUCUACCAGUGCCCGGGUCCACGUCCAUGUGUGGCACGCGGGGCGGGAGGCUCUGCAGCAGACCAUGUGGAUGGGCUUCCCCCAGCUCACCCCGGAGGAGCUGGUGAGUGACCACUGGAGAGGCCUGCAGAGGUUCCUCAGCAACAAGCUGGACAUCAAAAGAGCCAACAUCCACCUGGCCAGCCUUCAGCCCGCAGAGGCCACGGCUGGGGUGGAUGUGCUGCUGGUCUUUGAGGGGCAUUCCGGGACCACCUACAAGCUCCAGGAGCUGGCAUCCGUCAUCACCCGCUCAGCCAAGGAGAUGGAGCGUUCGGUGGGAAUUCAGAUGAGGUCAGCCAUGCCCGUGGUGCCCUGCCAGGGGCCAAGCUGCCAGGGACAAAUCUGCCAAGAGACAGUGCACUUGGAUCCCAGGGUUGGGCCCACGUACAGCACAGCCAGGCUCAGCAUCCUGACCCCGCGGCACCGCCUGGAGAGGAACUGCUCCUGUAAUGGUACAGCCGCGAGGUUUAGCGGUCAGAGCUUCUGGCGGUACAGUCUCCCAAAGGCUCAGAACUGGCACAUCCGUUUCCGUCUGACAACUCUCCAGUCACAAGCCAUUCUCCUGUUCAGCAAUAAGACAGCAUGGCUCUCCCUGAAGCUGGUCGAUGGAGAGCUCCGGCUGGAAUAUCGCUGCCCAGGUGGCUUCGAUGGAAAUCUUUCCUCCCGGGUCCACGUGAAUGACCAAGAGUGGCACUCUGUUCUGGUGGAGGUGACAGACACGUCCAUUCGCCUGUUGGUUGACAGCACAGGCACAGCCUUCCUUGUGCUCCCAGAGACCUGCCAGGGCCUGAGGCCUGAAGGAGACCUCUUUCUGGGCGGUCUUGUCCUCUCGCAUUCUUCCCCAAAUGUCUCCCAGGGCUUCGAAGGCUGCCUGGAUGCUGUUGUGAUCAAUGGAGAGGCGCUGGAGCUGCUGGCUCAUGGCAAGAAGGCUGCAGGCUUGCUGGAGAGGCGGGCCCUCACCCCGUGCUGCUUCCACGGCCGCGAGUGCAGCCAGAACCCGUGUCUCAACGGUGGGAAGUGCACACAGACCCGCGGGGCAGGCUAUGUCUGCACGUGCUCCCCACAAUUCUCUGGGAGGCACUGUGAACAAAGAAAUGAGAACUGCACUUCAUUGCCCUGCCUGGAAGGUGGAACUUGCAUUUCCUCUGCUGAAGGAGCCUCCUGCAACUGCCCUCACCCCUACACGGGAGACAGGUGUGAGAUGGAGGCAAGGGGCUGCACAGAAGGACACUGCCUUGUCACCCCUGAGAUCAAAAGGGGUGACUGGGGGCAGCAGGAGAUUCUAAUCAUCAUAGUGGCCCUCCUGGUCCUCACUGUAAGCUCCACGGGGCUUCUUUUCUACUGCCGCCGCUGCAAGUCCCACAAGCCCGUAGCCAUGGAAGACCCAGACCUCCUGGCCAGGAGCGUGGGUGUUGACACCCAGACCUCGCCUGCCAUGGAGCUCAACCCCCUGAGCACCAGCUCCUGCAACAACCUGAACCAGCUGGAGCCCAGCAAGACCUCAGCUCCAAGUGAACUCGUCACUUUUGGACCCAGCUCUAAGCAACGGCCAGUGGUCUGCAGCGUGCCUCCCAGACUCCCUCCAGCAGUGGCUUCUUCCCACUCUGACAACGAGGCCAUCAUUAAGAGGACCUGGUCAGGCGAGGAGAUGGUGUACCCUGGUGGAGCCACGGUCUGGCCCCCAACGUACUCCAGGAAGGAACGCUGGGAAUACCCCCACUCCGAAGUGACCCCCAGCCCACUACCACCGUCGCCUCACUGCCAUCAGACCCCAGCCGUGAUGCCAGAUCCUGCUGGCCUCUACGGGGGCUUCCCCUUCCCACUGGAGCUGGAAAACAAGCGAGCCCCCCUCCCGCCUCGUUACAGCAACCAGAACCUGGAAGAUCUGAUCCCACGGCCCCCGAGUCCGCGGGAGCACCUGCUGGCCCCCUGUCUCAACGAGUACACAGCCAUCAGCUACUACCACUCCCAGUUCCGGCAGGGAGGCGGAGGCCCCUGCCUGGCAGAGGGGGGCUACAAGGGGGUGAGCAUGCGCCUCAGCCGGGCCGGGCCCUCUUAUGCCGACUGUGAGGUGGGGGGUGGGCCUCCCACAGGCCGGGGCCAGCCCAUCCCCCCCAACUACGAGGGCUCCGACAUGGUGGAGAGUGAUUAUGGGAGCUGUGAGGAGGUCAUGUUCUAGUCGUCCUCAGAGGGAGGCAGAUGGGACACCAAGGACUUGGCACCGUCCCCUGUCUUGUGAGCGGUGAGUCUGGCACGGCUGGCGAAGUGGGAGGGAAGCCCCCAUACCUGGUCCGGGCUGCCACAACUUGAAUUGUGCUCUGCCAGACCCCCAGCUAGUCCCUGAGGACAGAGGAAAGCUGGGGGUAGAGCUCCAGAAACAGCUAAGCACCCCCCACCUCACAAAAAGGGGAUGCACAGAGCCGUUACCCAGGAAACCCAGGAGAAACUGACUCCCAGGAUGAGCAAGAGGCAGUGCUUCUCACUGACAGUCCCAGGGAGGCAGGGCCUGGACCACGGGCCGGCCCAUCAGGCACACUCUUAGACCUGCUCACAGCUGAACCCUGGAGGCUCGCAGGCAAGCACCACGCCUGCUGUGGGGACAAGGUGCAGAGUCAGCAACCCUGGAGGGCAGUGGGGCUGCGAGGCUCCCUGCAGUGUCUGCUCCGGGUCAGGCACCGUGCUGAGAACUGGAGAUAAGGUGGUGAGUGGCGGUGACAAGCAUUCCUGAGGAGCAUCCUGGCCUCAAUUUCCUGGAGGUCCCUACUCCUCUAAUCUGAUUCCAAGCAUCCUGCUCUGCCUCUUGCAAUCAUGUGACUACCGGCCAGGGCCUGCCAGGAUCUGUGCAGCUCUGAACCGUCUUCGUUCAAGAAUUCAGACCUCAUGGAACUCUGGGUUCUUCAGCCCAAGUUUCACAAGCACUUUGGGCCAAAGGCAGGAAGGACAUCAUUCUUCAUUUUAAAAAACAUUCUUAGGCACUUUGCAACCUUGCUGUCUGGAUGAGCUUCCCCAAAGGGAUUUUUCUUCUUUAGACACAAGGAGAUCUGAACUCCCACACAGGGAAGCGGGGAGACAAGGAGCCAGACACAGGGAGUGUCCUUUCCUGCCCCUCUGUCUCAGACACCUGCCAGUCUAAGCGUUACCCAAGGCAACUCAACCCUGGGGCUGGAGGGUCAAUGCAGGCACGAGUCCGCCCAUGUGGGUGCCUGUGUAUAGUAAAUGUGUGCACAUGUGCAGAAUAUAUGUAGCCAGGAGUGGCAGGGACCAGAGACUUCUGGUGGCCUUGCCACUCCCUCCCUCUUUCUGGUCCACGGCUUUUUUUUUUUUUUUUUUUUUUUUUUUUUG